UUUUAGUAUCAAAUCACUUCUCAUAUGGUGAACUUCGUGUUACGUGAAAUAUAAAAAAAAAUAUUUUGUUUAUAGCGAACGUAUAAAAGAAAUUUUUUUUUUUUUGAAUUUUUGUGUGUGGUUCAAAGAUUUUCUUAUCGAUAUCAAAUAGUAAAUAAAUUGUCGUUACAAUUUUUCAAAUGAAAAUAUAAAAUAAAAUUGAGCUGGUAAUACAUAUCAGGUCAUUGUGUGGAAAAUAACUAAUCAGAGAAAAGGUUUUUUUAAAAACAUAUUUUCCGUUGGAUGCAUUGAAUGACAAAAAAUAAAAAUAAUAAUAAAAUUAAGUAGUCGUUCCGGUGUGAUGAUACUAUUUCGAAACAAAAGGUUUAAUCAUCCAAUAAAAAGUAAAUAUUUUCGAAAUAAUGAUUUUCAUGAGUAAGGAACUAAACAAAAUAUUUACGCAGCGGGUAGAUAGGAAAACGGUUAUUUAAAAAAACAAAACAGUCUUUUGACGCAACGAAAAACUCGUGAAAAUUUCCGUAACACCACAAAAACAGGAUAAAAUAUCUAGUGAUCUUUAUUGAAAUAAAUAAAUAAAAUAAAAAAUGGUUCAACGUACUUUGCUUUAAUAAUUACAGAAAAAGAAAAAUCUUUAAGAAUCAGACGUUCGAGUGUAAGCAACAGAACAGUAUCGACAUCUUCUCAGAGUUGUAAACGGUUUUUUUUUGUAACGACUAAUGAUGAAAACGUGCGAAAUUAAAAGUGUAAAGUAGUGUUAAUUGGGUUAUUUCUGAAUUAAGUAAGAAUAGACGUGCAAAAUUGUGCAUUCUUUUCGAGAAAAAAACAUCUUUCGAAUUUGCAAAUCGUAACAAAGUGAAAAUAAAAUAGAAAAACAUUUUUUACGUUUUAGUAAAAAUUGUUUCUAAAGUUUCUUGUUCAAUUGUGAAAUUUCGUUCAGUAUUAGCUGCAUUGCAAUUAAGUGAGGGAGAAACAAAUAACCCCUACAACUGAGAAUAUUCAGAAGUGUUAACAAUACUGCAGCAACGCGAAGAAGAAAAUUGUUGUGGAUAUAAAACAGUGGGAACGAAUUGUCCUUGAAACCCCUUUACGUAUUUUUUUGGAUUAAGUGGAAAAUUUGUGAAAGUGAAAUACUUAGUGCAAAAAAAGAAAAGAAAGAGAAAAAAAGGAAAAUUAGAAAAUCGUCAAAAAUUUUGCAAUUUUUGUUUUGUUUUGUUAUAUUGAAUUGGUGUUCACAGAUCUAAAUUAUAUGUUCAUAUUAAGUGUAAGCAUUGCUCCAGAAAUUUGGAUAGGUUUAAAAAGCACCGUACCCGAAUGUGACACAAAAAAUAAAUGGGUACAAUGAGGCCAAAUAAAUACGAUGUUACCACAUCUAACCUUCUAUGCCAAGAUUUUGUACCUCCUGAUGGUGGUUGUUGCGGGAGCAUUAUGCGACAGAAACCAAAUUUAUCUUUAUUCGAAAUGUGCCAGCAGGUAUGUUGGAAUGACUCCAGAUGGAAAGCUAUUAGCAUACGACAACACUGGUAUAGAUUGCCCACACGAGAUCAUAACUAUAUCGCUCCAUGUGGACUCUUUUUCAUUCGAUGUUGGUUCAGAAAACCAGUUCUUCAAAUUAACGCUUUUCUUAGAGAAAAAUCAAACCUACUUAUGCUUCACAAAGAAGUGGCGUCUUGUUACAAUGAAAAAUCUUCACGAAUCGUGUUAUUUUUACGAAACACUGGAAAACGGCUGGUUCCGAUAUCGUUCGGCCAUGAACGACAAAAUAUUCUUGGGUUUCACCAAAAACGGUAAACCGGUGCGUCACAAGGCGCCCCACAUAAAUACGGAUUGUUAUAAUUUCCAAAAAGAGGAAGUAGUUCAAAACGAAACGAAAAGUCAUAAAAUGCAAACCAAUCGCCGCAAAAAGGAAAUGGCACGGAGGAUGCAAGAUCAUCGGCCGACCGGACGACGACGACAUGGACCCCAAACCAAACGAUUUUCCUACAGUAAUGUCCAAGAAACCGAACCGAAUGCGAAUUGUACGCACGACGAUAUUGUGAAAAAGCCGAAAGCCACACCGAAAAAAGUUACCAACAGCAAUAGCGGUUUAUUGCCGAAAUUUCGUCAUGCACAACAUGCACAACGGAGGAUUAUUAAAAAAGUCGAUAAAAUUCUGUAAUGACAUAACAUUCAUAUAAAAUAUCAAGAGUGCAACACUAGUCCCACAAAUUAGACGAUGAAAUGAAAUGAGAGCGGAAUUCGUUCGUUAUGCAGGAUGACGAAUCUAUAGAAGUUUGUCAAAGUUCACGCUCCUUGACCUGAAAAUACUAAGACAAUUUUCUCUUAGGGGAGCUCUCCGUUUGUCUUGUACUUCGUUGAUUACAGGCAAAUGAUAGGUCGAAACUUGUACAAUGUGCAUUGGGGGUAAAAUGUGAGCUUUGCUAGUAUGCGCAAUAUUCAGAGAAAUGAACCGUAUGCUUUGUCGAGUCUCUAAAAUCCAUUUUUGGUGCAUUAUUCUCCAAAUACUGCCGUUAUUGACUGACCUAGUACCAUUCUUUACUCCAGAGGUUUCGUUUUUCCGAAUAUUUCGACAGACUAGCGUCAAUAAAAUGUAGAAGAAAAAUUUGUGCGCGCACAGGAAGCAGUGUGGUACAUAUAGUCCAGGCUGUUCUAUCCUUUCGAAAAAUUUUUGUUUUUGUUCUAAAUUUGACAAAAAGUACUAAAACUGUAAGAUAUUCCAUAAUGGAAGUAACCUCGAGUGUUGUGUUUGAGUGUUGUCAAACAGCAGUUAAGCAAAUGAAAAAGCUCUCUAGGUAUAGACUUUAUUUGGCCGAUUGCAAGCACAACAAGUUAGGGCAAUUACUGAGAGUGAGUGUUUAAAUGGGAGCAAUUUUUGGGCUUAAAUAAAGAGAUGACAAACUAAAUUAAUGAAAUGGGAGAAAUCAUAAUCCAAUCGUAACAAUAUUAAUCCGUGUAUUAAUAGCUAUAAUAAUUAAUUAAUUAAUGUUAACAACAGAAUGUAAACGUUUAAGGCGAGAAUCAACUUUAUUUAUUCGAAUCAGUAUUUUGUGACAAUAAAUUCUCGAAAUAAUUUUUCAUUUUUAAAUAUAUUUAUUGCAAGAAGAAAAUUGUGUCUAAAAUAAUCAAAACUAAUAACCUAGCAGGGCAACACAUCCGAAAUUGCUAAACCGAUUCGACUUAAUUGCAGAUCUUUCUAAAUGAAGUUAAAUUUGACGUUAUUUGACGGAAGGCUUUGGCAUUUAUAAUAACAGAUAAACGUAUGGAAAGCCCUUUCCCAGUCAAAAAUAGAGGAAAAUAAUCGUUCGAAAAACUCAAUGAAAUGCACAAAGAAAAUCCUGUUUUGUGAAUACCAUUUUCAUGUGUUAGACCAUCUCUUGCAAGGCCUAUUUUUAGAAAUUGGUUUUCAGAAUUUUCAAGAAUUUCAGGAAAUUCCGAGAAUAUCAGGAAUUUUCGACAAUUUCAUGCAUUUUUGAGAAUUUUAGGAAUUUAAUUCAAACUCUUCAAAAUUCUCGAAUAUUCUUGAAUCUCACUGUUUUGACCAUUUUCAAGAAUAUUGAGAAUUUCAAGAAUUUAAUUAACUUCAUGAAAAUUUACGAAAUUCUUCAAAAUUUUCUGGAAUCAAUUUUAUGAGAACAUGCCCUGUUCUCGUGUGUACAAAAUUAAAAAGAUGGAAAAUUUUUGAAACUUUUUCAAAUCGGGCUUAAAUUCGACCUAAUUCAAACAACAACCGAAAUCGAUUCAGCAGUUUUGGAGACAUCCGAGUGAUGUUGCAUAAGUGGUGUUGCCUUCGGUAAUAUAAUCAAAUGCGCAAAAUCAAUAUAUUAUUGAUGGAAUCCGUGUGUAGCUAAUCAUUUUUAAUUAGAAUCGUCUUUGGAUGAGCUUUUAUUUCCAACGAAACAGAAUGUUGCUGAAGCGAAUGAUCGAACCGUUUACCAACGCCAAGCGUAAUAUUGAGCUAACUAAAUCACCAAACUUCACAAAAUUUGUUUAAUUUUUUGGUGAAAUUCGGUGAACUUUAGUGAAAUAUUUCUCAAUAUCAGACCCUCGUUGAAAAUAUCAUCUAGUGUUUGAUGAUGCGAAAUCUUUUACUUCAUUUGGUUCUACAUUAAUUUUGCUAUAAUAAGAGAACUCUAGGGAUAACACAUAGUAUGUGUUGGUUGUCUUUGUCCAUAACAGAUGUUCUGCAAGAUGUUUCUAAUUUAUUUUGGAAUUCUGUGAUCUUCAAAUGAGAGCAAUCUGGUCAUCCAUCGAUCAUACGCAUUUCAGUGCAUACAACACAACAUCUAUUUCAAUGCCCAGCGACAAUUUUGUUUGUCAGUACUCUCCCAACAACUGAAUCAUUGACCUAAAUACUUUGUAAUCUAUAACUUUAUCACACAUUUAUAAAAUACAAAUGUUACACUAAAACGAAAUCGUAUCACACACACCUACAUCAUAAAACCCGAAACUUUUCUUGGUGUUUUAUUUACAUGAACACAAAAAUCUUUUUAUCAAAAAAAAAAAAUAAAAUUAAAAAAAAAAGAAUUUUGUUCCAAUUGUUAAGUGCAAGUGAAACGGAAAAUGUCCGUCGUCGUCGGUCUUUUGAUUCUGUAUUAUAGUAUCAAAUUCACUUUGUAAAAUAGAUGAUUUUGUAUUUAAUAUGUGUGACUCAGUGAAAUGGCUUUGAUUUGAAUAAAUUAUUACGAAUUGAUAUGCAUGUGUAUACAUUUCGGUGAACACCGGCAUUACUAAGUGUUAAUGCAGUACGGCGUAAGAAUGUCGAUUAGGAAAAAUUCCGGUGAAGCUUAAAUCAUUUUCAAAGAACGUUUUUCUGCUGACAAUUUCUGGUUGUAUGUCAUUACAGUCAACCUAGACACCUACAUCUAAUACUAAUUGUUGUUUUCACAUGCAGGAAUUGCUCUUGAAAUUGAACAAAAUUAUAAUUUGUUGUUCAUCGAAAUGAUAACAGAUGACAUUGACAACCAAAUGCAUCGUGCAGUUUCUUGUGUGGUCUUAAAGCUCAACUAAGUGAAUAGUUAAAUGCAGCAACGCUACACGUCUCUUACUAUGUAAAACGUAGCUAAAUCAUUGAAAUUUCAUUUUUCUUAUAAUUCGCUAAUGAAACACAUCCCGUUUCUGCAUUUGACUAUUCAAGUGUAAACUGGUAAACUGGAUAUGUUCCAGAAACUAUUUUAGAGCUUAAAAUUUAAGAAAAUAUUUUCUCAAAAAUAGACUCUGCUAUUCACAAGCAGCUCCCUGAACAAUUUCAAUUUCGUGAAACUGAUUCGUCAAUCAUUUCAUCAUCAUUCUUUUAAUGAAAACACCGGUGGGGUCUCUAAUUAUGCACACAUCUAAACAAUGAAAAUGUGUUAUCGUACCCAGAUUAUUUGUUCAGCAACAUUCUAAGAUAAAAAAGGCAUUUACAAAUUUCGACAAAUUUCAAGAUCAGUACACACAUCAUGGAACAAUCACUUUCCAAAUAGUCGAAUACUUAAAGAACACGCCAUCUGUAGUCAUAAUUUAUUGAUUUUAUUUGAAAUCUAAGUGGAUGGCUAACUGGAAAAGUAUUAAUGAUUCCGUUACAAUGAAAACCAAUUUUAAUUGCACACCCAACAGCAGCAUCAGAUAAAUUUUCCAAAGCAUUUUUCACGAUGUGUGUACUUAUCUUUGCUGCAGUAUUUGCAGAAAGAAAGAAGGAAAAUAAAAUUUGAAGAAUCUCAACAUGUAGGACCAAAAUAGAAACGUGUGGAUGAAUUAAGGACACGCAGACAGUAUUUUUAAAACUCCCAAAUUGAUUUGUAUUUAUAGCUUUUUAUGAAUAUAUUUCCGAUGGGGAAACAUUGCACAUUUUGCCGAAAUAGUAUUUUUCUGUUCAAAUAGAAAAUUAACCGAUUUCCGUAUUAAAAGUUGCCCAGUUUCUAUAAUCAUUAUAUUCCAUUUAACAAAGAAUAAACUGACAUUCCUUCAAAAUUAACAUUACUAAGUA